GACACCGUCACCACGCCCGCCCUGCACGCCCCCCACCCAUCUCCCAGCACUCCCGAUGGCGUCGCUCACGCCGUCGAUGCGGCACUUCAGCACGUGUCUGCGAUGCGUGCGCCACGUGCCCGCCGCCAAUGGCGCGCAGCAGCGCCUCCUGUCGUCGUCGCCCGCCGUCCGCGAAGACGCGCAGACCCAGCCCGCUGCCUCCUCGCCCGCCGCCCCGCCGCCGCCGCCGUCCGCUCCAGACGCCGCCGCGCCCGCACGCGAGGUGCCCGAGUACAUGCAGAAAUGGGGCAAGCUGGACCCUGAGACGGUCGAGAACAAGAAGCAGGAGCGCCGUCUGUUCCGGAGAGACGGCGUCCAGCCUGUGGGCUCCCGCCGUCGCCGUGCUGCUCUGCGCCUGUCCGCCAUCCGCAAGACCGAGGAGGUUCCCUUUGAGCAGCUGCCCUACCAGUGCUUCCAGGAGGCCCGCGCGGUCCUGCAGGAGGACAGGCUGGAGAAGCUGAAGGAGAUCAAGACGCAGCAGCAGCGCAUGCAGGCCGUCGCCGCGUCCAAGGCGAGCGAGCAGUCGAAACGGGACAGCAUCGCGCGGAUGCAGUCGCACAUGAACGACCUGAUCAUCGCGGCCGACAUCAACGACCCAAUCGUCAAGCGCAAGUUCGAGGACGGGCAAGGCGAUAUGAACAAGCCCAUCUACCGCCAUCUGGCCGACAGGAAGUGGCGCGAGGUCAAGCGCAAGGUGCUCGAGCAGCGUGUCACCCAAUUGAACAUCGUCCCUGACCUGCUCGGAUCGCUGGACCUCGCUGCAGACAUCGACCUUUCAUUCGGGCGAAAGGCCGUUGCCCCGGGAGACUUCGUCGAGUCGUAUUUGAGCGAAAAGAUGCCCACCCUGCACGUGCAGACUUUCACCCCAGGAGAGAAGCUAGUGACCGUCGCCGUUGUGGAUGCCGAUGUCCCUGUCCCCGAGGAAGACGGUUUCUCCACCCGCUGUCAUUUCAUCGCUUCGAACAUCCGCAUCUCACCCAGUGAGACUUCGAUCCCCCUGCAGCGCAUUGCUGAGGAUGACCAGAAGAGUACCAAUGACAAGAAGGUCGCCCUGCCGUGGAUGGCGCCAUGGGCGCACAAGGGCGCGCCCUACCACCGUCUGGCCAUUGUUGUGCUUGAGCAGAAUCAGGCGAAGAAGUUCGAUGUUUCCAAGCUCAGCACGAUCGAGCGGGACGGAUUCAACCUUCGCAACUUCGUUGGGUCACAGAAGCUGAAGCCGCUCACCGCUACCUUGUUCAGGACAAAGUGGGACGAGAGCAUGGCAGGUGUCCUGGAGCGCGCUGGACUGAAGGACCAGGCCAGCAUCGAAUACAAGAGGAAGAGGGUCGAGCCGCUACCAUACAAGAGGCGGACGGAGCGCAUGCGUUAAAGCAGCUGUACGAUUAUUCUAAAUGUUGGAUUAGCGAAGGUGAUGACUGUAAGUAUCUGGUGGGUGUACUAUAUGCUGCAGUGUGCAGAAGAGACAUAUCAUUUGAUGAAAGCACUAUCUGCUGCAGAUCUCAACGUGGUGUGUUGGCCUCAGUCGCUCUUUCCGCUUCUCUAAGCACUCCACGUUCUAUCCCCACUUUCCUACUGAGGUUCGCCUAUUACCUUCACACUGUCGAGCGUU